AUAAAUUUAACUUAUUAUUGCCGGUAAUUUUUUUUUAGUAAUAAGGAUUUCUAAUUGUAUUAAGGUUUGGGAGGUUUGGGAGGUUUGGGAGGUGUAAGUAUUAGUGAUUGAUAUCAAUGGAGUCCAAGACUGUAGUAUUGGAUUCAGACAAUGAAGUGACCACCGAUGACAACAAGCUCUUACUUAAUGGUCAGUUGGGUGUGACGAGUGCUGUCCAGUCUGCUAUCGAGCAGAUCCUGUCUAGUGAUGACCCAUUAGACAAAACAGACUUCAAUGCUGUUGAGUAUAUCAAUGGUUUGUUUCCGUCGGAACAAUCGCUCUCUAAUAUUGACGAUGUCUUGAAUCGCAUGAAACAAAAGAUUAGACAAUUGGAUGAUGAGAUUCGGGUUGUAGUGCGCGGACAGACCAAUGUUGAAGAUGAAGGCAAACAAGCCUUGGAGUCGGCCCGUAAUGUGAUCGCACAACUGGCCAAUCGUAUCCUUGAGAUCAAACAACAGGCCAAACAAUCGGAACAAAUUGUCAACGAAAUUACGAGUGAUAUCAAGCAAUUAGAUAAUGCAAAACGAAAUCUUACCACUUCUAUCAUUAUGCUUAACAAUCUACACAUCUUAGUUGAGGGAACCGAUAGAUUACAAGAGGCAACAAAGAAGCGUCAAUACGGACAAUCAGCUCAAAUACUACAAGGAGUGAUGGAUGUAUUGAAACAAUUUGAAAGACAUCGACAUAUUCCUCACAUUAGCCUUUUGGCAGAACAAGUAGAGACUAUUAGAGGACAAUUAGGACAACAAAUAUUGGAAGACUUUCGUAAUGCUUUUGAAGGUCCUAAUUCUCGGAACUCCUUCUCUCAAAAUCAAUUGCAAUAUUUGGCUGAAGGAUGUCUUGCUGUUGAUAUUCUAGACUCAAAAAUAAAGAGAGAAUUAUUGACGCGAUUUGUUGAUAUAGAGCUAUCAGAAUAUAAAGCAUUAUUUCAAGAAAAUCAGGAGAUUUCAUGGUUAGACAAAAUCGAUAAACGAUUUAAUUGGAUUAAAAAACAUUUGGUUGAAUUUGAAGAACGUUAUGGGCGUAUGUUUCCACCAAAAUGGGAGGUCAGUGAGUGUAUUGCUCUCGAGUUUUGUAGGAUAACACGUAAAGAGUUGAUCAAAGUUAUGACUAAUCGCUCGCAAGAAUUAACGGUUAACUUAUUAUUAUCUUCUAUAUCUAAAUCAACUGCUUUUGAAAAACUAUUGUCUCAAAGAUUUACAGGAAUCACUUUACCGGUAAAAGAUAAUUCAAAUGAUAUAAAGUUAAAUCAAGAUAAUAGAGGAAAUCCUUUUGCUGGACAAAUAACACAAUGUUUUGAAAGUCAUUUAAGUAUUUACGUCGAGGCACAGGACAAGAAUUUAUCAAAACUAAUCGAUACUUUCAUCGAUGAACACAAAAAACUGUGUCAAAGUGAAGCAACCAUUUCUGAAAUAUAUGCAACCAGUGGUAAACUAUUCACUCAAUACAAGAAUUGUUUGGUUACCUGUGUAUCACUUAGUAAUAGACAACCGUUAGUACUCUUAUCGACAACAUUUCAGAAAUAUUUGAGAGAAUAUGCUCACCGAAUACUUCAAAGCAAUUUGCCCCGAGUGGGUGCCCUCUCAUCAAUUGCUACGCUUUCUAAUACAUUAACAAACGCAGCCAACACACCGGGAGGUGUUCUGUCGGCUGCCACAUCUGCCGCAGGACUUCUUCAAAGUUUACUUAAAGAAGCGGAAGGAGGUGUCAAAGUGUUAUCCAAAAGCGAAUUAUGUCAGGUCUGCAGUAUUUUAUUGACAGCUAAUUAUUGUUUGGAAACAACUCAACAAUUGGAGAAAAAAUUACAAGAAAAAGUUGACCAAACAUUGACCGAUAAAAUUAAUAUGAACUCCGAAUUUGAUAUAUUUCACGGAGUUAUCUCAAACUGCAUCCAACUAUUAAUUCAUAAUAUAGAAGCUGGUUGUGAGUCUGCCUUCAAUUUAAUGAUUAAAACUAAUUGGUCAGCGGUAGAAACACCGAUAGGUCAAAGUUCAUAUAUAACUCACAUAACAUCGCAAUUGCAACAAUUAUUUCCGUUUAUUCGGGAUAACUUACAGGAAGCCCGCAAAUAUUUUACUCAGUUAUGCAAUAAGUUUGCGCUGACUUUUAUUCCCAAAUAUAUUAGUCAUCUCUUUAAAUGCAAAUCUCUGAGUCAAGGAGGGGCUGAACAGUUGCUUCUGGACACACAUACCCUAAAGAAAGUGCUAAUUGAGUUGCCGUGUUGGGAGUCAAACGUGAAGACAGCUCCGGCCACUUAUACCAAAAGUGUCAUCAAAGGUAUGACUAAAGCAGAGAUGAUACUGAAGGUGGUUCUCGUGCCACACGAAAAAACAGAGCAUUUCAUUGAAAGUUAUGUCAAGUUAUUACCCGAUUCUGAUAACAAUGAAUUCCAGAAAAUUCUUGAUAUGAAAGGAGUUAAGAGAUCGGAAUCGACUCAAUUGCUCGAAGCAUUCAAGAAUAGACCGCAAACUAAAGAUAAUAUCCAUAAUAAUAACAGUUUGUCUAAUAAUGAAAUCAAUUUUGAUAACAAUUAUGAUUAUGAGUCCAGUCGUAUAAAACGAUUAGAAAAGCUAAUCAAAAAACGAUUAUAA